AUUCAUAGCCCGAUUGAAUCUUCUGAAAAAUUAGAAAUUUAAACGAAGCACACAUCAAUCAUCUUAAUAAUAGUCCAGUUAACAAUAAAUAGCAACUCUUUUAUGUACAUAAAUUAGAAGCCUAAUGGCACCAGCGAAACAUACAAAUUGCUGCAUCUAUGUGUUGACCAAUGAACUGUGCGAUGCAGCUGCGAAAAUUCAGGCAGCCUUCCGUGGGCAUUUGACACGCAAAGUCGUGACCAAAGACGCGCCUGACGAUGUCGACAUACAGGAGAUCACCAAGAAGGUGGCUGAAGAAUUGGACAUUGAUCUAAGCGAUCCGGAAUUGAAUAAGGCGGCCACUAAAAUUCAAGCCUCCUUCCGGGGCCACAAAAUUCGCAAGGACAUAGGAACAGCUGAAUAAGAGAAUUUUUUGCCUACUAUCUGCACACAAUAUCAACAAUGUUGAAGAAGGAAAACAAACUUAAAAAAAAAAACAACAACAAAACAAAACACAGAGAGGGAGCAUAAAGCGAAAAUAAUAAAAUAUGAAGCAAAAAUUAUUUAAAAAAAAAAUCAGCUAAGUAAAUACCAUUUGAAUUAAAAAAAUACAAAUAAAAAAGUAAUAAAGAAAUAAGUCACGGCCUUCGUGCAAAAAAAACAACAUUUGAGAUUUAAAGAAGGUAUACAAAGAUUGCCAUACAGAGAAUAAUACACUGGGAGAAAAGUUUUAAAUAGCUGAAGUAUAAAAUAAUUAUAAAUUGUUGAAAAAAAUUUAAUAGCAAAAGAGAAGUGUUAAACAAAUAUUAAAUUGAAGUCAAAUAAAAUAAAAUAAAACAAAGCUUGUAACUUGAAUUGGAACUACAAAACCAAAAAAUGCCCAAAAAUUAGUUUCUUGUAAAACUUCGAAGCUUCUUAAAUUUCAUAACAUGCAACAAAAAUAAAAAAAUAUAUAUAUUUUUUAUUUAUUUGAGCAAGCAAACGCAAAUUUGUACAAUUUUUGUUUAGGAAAAUAUUUUUAGUGGCAGUGGUGAGCUGGUGCGGGGUUUCAAAUACAUUUUUUUAGCUUAAAAUUUGUAUGAAUCUGUAAAGAAAAUAUUAAUUAAUUUACUGAAGUAGCAAAAAAUAAAUACAAAUUGUAUUUUUUAUAGUACAGCAGUGUUUUGCCAGCUCUUGUGCUUGUGACGGCUGUAGAGUUGCAUCAGGUAAAAUCAAAAGCUUUGCCAAAAUUGUGUAGUUGACCUUAGAUUGGGAUUGAAAUUUUAUUUGCGAAUUUCACUAAAACUUAUAUGGCUAAGCAAUUAUAAUUACAAUCGAGAGCAAGUUGCAUUU